AUGGAGCUGUACCAGCAGAAACCAGGACAACCUCCAAAACUCCUUAUAUACGAUGGUAACAAGCGAUUCUCUGGGACCCCGAGUCGUUUCAGCGGCUCAUGGACAGGAGCUGAUCACACUUUCACCAUCAGUGGAGUCCAGAUAGAGGAUGAAGCUGAGUAUCACUCAUCACUGGGGAUCAUCAAAGUGGAUCAGUCUCCUCCUGUCAUCUCUGUUCAGCCUGGGAACACUGUACAGAUUCUCUGUCGAGCCUCACGGGAUAUUGGGGAUGAUAUGGAGCUUUUCCAGUUUAAACCUGGACAGGCACCAAAACUAAUCAUUCGAGAUAGCCCCCCAUCCUCCCCAAAGCUGAAACUGCUAAGCCCACUCCCACAAGAAAUCACCAGGUCUAAACAAGCCACCGUGGUCUGUCUAGUCAGAGAAUUUUACCCUGACCACGUCACAGUGAGCUGGACGGUUGACGGACGGGAGGUGUCGGCAAACAAGCAGGACAGCCAGCCGGUCAAACAGUCGGAUGGGAAGUACAGCAUGAGUAGCAGUCUCACUCUGUCCGAGUCCGACUGGAACGCCGCUGAAGUCUUCACAUGCAAAGUUCAACACGAAAGCCAGGGGACGCCUGUCACUGGAAGCCUGAACAAGAGUCAGUGUGAAACGGAGUAG